CGAGCAAACUGAGUGUCCGUCAUCCUGCAGUCGCGGAGUCCCUUCCCUGAGGCAACUCUCCUUCUCUUUCGUUCCGGUUUUCCGUGAGGCGCUGGGAGCAACCUGGCGACAUCUCUCUCUCCCUCUUCCACUAAAGAAAUCGAGCAAGCGCCUGGAGGCGGGAGAGGAGGCCUGUCCACUCACCCGGUGGGAUCACUCGCUCUCCGUGGACCCCGCCUUGGGGCAGGCCGCGUGGGGCGUGGGGAGAGCGGGGAAUCCUGGCCCCAUCACCCGCUUGCUCAAUGACUAUGCUGCCCAGCCACAGCCUCGUCGAACGCCAGGAUGGCGGGCACCGCCCGGCGGCUGGUGAGGAUUCCGUGGAAUCAGGCACGGGAGACACCAGAAUCGUCGUUAAGCGGUGUGGGGGCGCGAAGGAGGAGCCAGAGCCAGAAUGAGCUUCGGGUCUCACAGAGGCGGGAGAUUUGAUCAUGGAUUAAAGGACUUCGACAUGGAGAAUCCUUCUUCACCAGUUCAUCAAUACAGCACAAAUUAGUCAAGGCCAUACACGUGGUGGGUAAUGAAAAGUCAUGAUUUCAUUCAAGGGCUGCCAUAACAAAGUGCUGCAAGCUUGGUGGCUUACAACAACAGGAAUUUAUUCUCCUGGAGGCCAGAAGUCUGCAAUCAAGGUGUGGGCAGGGCCAUGUUCCCUCUGAAGGCUCUAAGGAAGAAUCCGUCCCUGCCUCUUCCAGCUUCGGGCCGUCCUUGGCGUUCCUUGUUCCAGAUGGCUCAGCAGUGCAUCCAAGAUGAUUAUUUUGACAAGUUGCUGAAUGCUUGCACACCGUGUCACCUACGAUGUUCUAAUAGCCCUCCUCUAACAUGUCAGCAUUAUUGUAAUGCAAUGAAAAGAACAAAUACUAUCCUCUGGACCUGUUUGGGCCUGAGCUUGCUGGUGUCUUUGACACUCUUCGUGCUGAUGUUCUUGCUAAGGAAGAUGAGAUCGGAACCAUUAAAGGAUGAAAUUAAAAGCACAGGAUCAGCUCUCCAGAAUGAGGCUAAUGCUGACCUGGAAAAUAGAAAAGACAGCGGGACCGGCGCAGAAGUUCUUUCCAGAGGCCUGGAGUACACAGUGGAAGAAUGUACCUGUGAAGACUGUGUCAAGAGCAAACUAAAGGUUGAUUCUGACCAUUUCUUUCCACUCCCAGCCAUGGAGGAAGGCGCGACCAUUCUUGUCACUACGAAAACAAAUGGCUACUGCAAUGGCCUGCCUGCUGCUGGGUGUGUCACAAGGAUGGAGUAAUGAGUUUCUACCAGAUAAUUAACCAUUUCGAGUGGUGUAGAAACACUUUGAAAAUCUUUUGUCAGAAGGAAAGGAUGAUGUAUCAGAUCUCUUUAGGACGGCUGUACUUAUCACUUGCUGGUAUAGCUUUCUGUCCUCUAAUUUCUUGAAAAUCUUUAUGUUAGAUACAUAUUUCUCUGUCUUAGUAUUGGGAGCUUAAUUGUGGAAACUUCAUUGGUUUCGUGAUUAAAUUUUUGACUCACUGAAAAAAAUACUGCAAUGUGUAGAUCCAUAGUCACAUGUCUCUAAGGCUGGAUCACUUCCCUCCUAUACAUGCACAUGUACACUUCAGGACAGAUUGAGUUUUCCUGUUUAUCAUUAAAGGAAAACAAGGUUUCCUAUGUACUUCUGUAGAUAGGAGAAGCUGAGUCAGCCACACUGAUUCAGUGUGCAAUCCAUGGGUAGUUCCUGACCCUGUGAGGUUCUAGCUUAAUGGAGGCCUCCGGCAUUAUUAUAAUGAUAUAAAUAUAUGUGUAAUUGUAAACCAUGAUAAAAGUGUACUAGGUAUCAUUUUCAGACCCAAAGAUAGGUAAUAGUAAUGAUAGCUAACACUUAUAUAGCCUUACCAAUGUGCCAGGGAUUGUUCUAAGUGCUUUACCUGUACUAACUCAUUUAAUACAUACCACAAACUACAAGGUGGGUGGAUCAUUAACAUAUCAUCUGCAUUUUAUAGUCACGACAGAAAUGAAGUCAGAGCAAGGUAAUAUAGCCAGUAAAUGGCAGAGCCACGAUUUAAACUCAGAUAUCUUGGUCUAUUUUUUUCUCUUCCCAUCAGCUCAGUUCCAUUUGAGUUCCUCGUCUCUUUGGGCUACAAUCUCAGUCAUUAUAGGGGGAGGGUUCCCUUCCAGGGGUUGUGCAAAGGUCUUGGGAUUGUGUAAAGCUCCUUAUGGAAGGGCUAUGCAACAGGUGAUGCCCUCUGGUAAUCUGCAGAGGUUGAUUGUGGAUCAUUAAGAUGCCUACUGGUAUAGAACCUCAAGGUCUUGGGGCUUUGUGGCAUUUGUGUUAGGUAUAAGAUAUGGGGAAUCUUGGUGGGAACUUUUUACCCAUUUGGGGCCCAUCAUGGCUCCAUUCCAGGACCUUGAGGACCAUAGGAGACAAUAUAGUAUAGUGGUGAAGGUACUGGCUCUUGGAGUCAGAUCUUCGGGGUUUGAAUUCUGGCUUUGUUACCAGGGAGUUAUAGACCUUGGGUGACUUUGAGAAAGUUACUUAACCACUCUACGCCUCAGUCAGUCUCUCUCUCUCACACACGUUUAUUUUUCCAUAGAAGUAUCUGGUUCAUAAAAAGUACUUUGUGUUGUCAAAAUGAUUUUUAUCAGCCUCUUUGAGGUCUAGUCUCUCUAAGGGCAAGCACAGUCUCUUCUUUUGUUAUAUGGCCUGGGAAUAUUGCUCCUAGCUUCUCACAUGCCCUCUUCCUUCUCCCCUCACCCCCUAGUACAAUCUCCUCAACAAGUUUAGAUUUUUCAAAAAGCCCAGAAGAGCUGUUGGCAUUAGGCUUUUGAUUCUUUGUCCUCCAGGAGCUGGUUAAAAUCUCAGGAAGAAGGAAUUACAAUACUUAAAGGGGGUGGAUGGUGCUAGAAAACUUAAAGCACAAACUAUACCCUCAAAAACUUAUCCUGCGUCAAGUGCCAUGAAGAAAAAGUACAGAGUGCUAUGAGAAGGUAUAAACACAUCAUCCUCAUGAUGACUCCACGAGGCA